AUGGAAGAAUCGUUAGCCGAUCAGUUGGACUACGAUUCCAACUUCACUGAUUGCACUUAUUUGGGAACCGAGCAUGUGGAGGUGAAAAUCUAUCUGAUCGGUGUAUUUGCGACGUUCAUCGCUGUACUUUCCAUCAUCUUCAACACAUUCUUCACGCUCGUAUUCUUAACAAAUCAAUCAAUAAGAAAGUCGUCGGUGUUCUAUUUUGGGAUUUUGGCAGUUAUAGAUACAAUAAUGGCAGUAAACUACAUUGCAGUGAUGUCGAUACCGGUUUGUACCUUUUCCUUUGAGCUUAUCGGUUUUUUUUUGUUGCUUUCCUAG